AUGGACGAAGUCAUAUCUUACCUCGUCGAGGAGCUGGCAAUGGAUGGCGAGCCAGGCAGCGACCUCGCCCGCUUCUCCGAAUUCAUCGAGGAAUUCCACAAAGGCACCGAUAGCCUCAUCGACGACUCGUACCGCGACUACAUCUUUCGCUGCCUCUUUACUCAGCAGAGCUGCGUUCAAGUGGGCACUAGGGUGAAAGCGGGCAAACCGCCUGACAAGCCCCCCCACCAACGAUGUAUCGAUACGGUGGCAUUUCUUCCCCGUGAUGAGGUGCUGUUGAAAGGCAAGACGCUCACUCAACUCAGCGGAGAGCACGGUAACGCGCUGCGCAUUACGGUCGAUGUGGACCUCAUCCGCCUCUAUAUUACGGGGACGACCGACGCCAAGUUGCUCAUCGGCGCAUCAUGGCCCUCCGUCCAGCUCGUCAGUCGUAGACGCGCGAGGGGGUGUGAAGCGACGGAGAUCGGGCGCGUGAAUGGGGCAGAUCAGCGAAAUGUCUUUGCGAUUCUCAAAAAGCUCGUCGACGUAGGGCUAGUCAAGAAGAUGGUCGCGGUGAAGAAACAUGGGCAGGGACAACAGGGCAACUUUGUCCUCCAUCGACGCUAUUGGGGCAUGGAGAUUGGAUUUAAGGAUAUCGUCGCGUCCGGAGCCAAGGCGACCAAAGCUGGAGACCAAGGCGAUGAGGAUGGCGAUGCCGCUGAGGAUGGAGGCGAUGCAGACGAGACUCAAGCAGGCGUGGAAGUGCAAGACGGCGGCGCAUCCAUCUCGGAGCCACUCUGCCUCGCCAUCAUCGCGCAACCGGAGGCGCUACUGGAGCGAGUCUUGCGACAGGUCGAGGAGGAUGGCGCUACGGAUGGGCUCUGGCAGCGCAUGGGCUUUCCCGCCAUGAUAGGCCUCGGCGAUCACUCCCUCAACGAUGCUAUUCAACACGGCGUACAGUUGGGAUGGCUUCAAGCCACUCCCUCUUUGCUCGCCCUCACAUCCACGGGCCGCGCUCACCUCUCGCGCCUUUCCGCGCCCUCAACCUCGACCGCCCACACCACCCUCGCGCAUACUAUCCUCGACACGAAGCACACCUUUGCAGCCAACCUAACCUUCGAGCGUCAAAUCCACGAAGCGGUCCGCCAAGCCGGCUCUUCAGGCACCACGACACGCCAAGUGACUCGCCACUUCCGAGCAGCAGGCCGUGCCGUGCGCCACUUUGACGAGUACAUGCACACACACGAGACGGACGGGCACGACCUGCGCGGCUAUCCAGACCUGUCCAUCCUGAGCGUCCUCGAGAUGUUUGGGCGCGAAAAGCGCGUGAGGAUGUGGAAUGCGGCGGGUCUGCUGGCACACGCGGAGGAGGUUCCGGAUGGAGGGUUCGAGGAGAAAGUCGAGCCGCUCCUGGGCAUCGAGACGGGGCCUUUUGUCGGGUGGGCGCCAUUCGAGACGUGCUGGGAGAGCGUCGAGGAGCUGCAGAAGGCCAUCGAUGCGGGCGCGAGGCUACCUGCCACCGUGAACAGGCCGAGGAAGAGCGAAAAAGACACGCCAGGCAAGGGCGCCGCCAAGCCGACGACGACGAAGAGGAAGAAGAACGCUGCUGCCACACCCACUGCGACGCCUAGUAAGCCGCCUGCUCCCAAGAAGGCUCCCACGCCCAAAAAGGCGGCGACGCCCAAGAAGAUGACGAAUCCGAUUGAUCCGGAGACGGGGAGGCCCAAGAAGGGCAGGCCGAGGAAGAGCGUAGACGCUGCGUCCGCGGUGGGGACGUCGUCGACGGGUGAGCCUCAAGCCAAGAGGGCGAGGGGAAGGCCCAAGAAGAAUGCGGGAGCGGUGGCGGCGACUGCGGUGGGGACGGAUAGUCAACCUACGACGGGCGGCGAGGCAUCUCAAGUAGCCGAGGGGUUCCGAGCAGCGCAAGCUGUGCCAGGUGUGGAGGGCGAGCAAGGCCAGCCGGCUGAGGAGAGCCUGGUCGUCGAGGAGAGCCAGGCCGUUGAUGAGAGUCAGCAGGUAGAUGACAGCACACAAGCCGAGCAAAGCCUGCAAGUAGAUGAGAGUCAGGUCAUCGAGGACAGUCAGAUGGCUAGCGAGAGUCAGCAAGUCGACGAUACCCAUAACGGCCAGCAAGUUGACGCCGAACCGCGCGACGCCGACCAGCGCGACGCCGACACGACGCAAGCUACGGAGAUCGGCGACUACUCGGAAAAUUCGGCCCCGCCAACGCCCUCGCGACCCAUCAAACGAAGAGUGUCAGAGGUCGAAGCAGAAGCAGCAGCAUCGGCGUCAGCAUCAGCGUCCGACUCUCAGAGGACCACACCCUCCGCUACGCCCGCACGCAAACGAGGCCGCCCGUCCGCACCGGCCCCCGUCCGCGCACGCUUCAACAUUGCUCAGACACGCAGGGAGCGUCUCUUCAUCGAGGUCCUGUCACGCUGCAGCGGCCUGGCCGACGAGAUGAAUCUCGGCCUACUUUGGAUGAACGAGCUGACCCAGAGGCAUGGUGAAAACACGCAGGCAGUGCUCAAGGAGCUGGGUGACCUGCGUGACAGCAAGACUCGCACCCGCAUGCUAGACUCGCUCGUCAAGCAAGGCAAGAUCAAGAUCACAACAACCCUCGGUCCCAAGGGGCGACAGCGCAAGAUUGUCCACUCGCCCGAUGUGGACGCGCGAAGCCUUCGCGAGUUCACUCAAAGGAUCCAACAGGGCGAGCUGCUCAUCGGCGACGUCUCGCAGGACUUUAAGCAUCUCUCUGCCCUACGCCGAAUCAACACGGACAAUGUGAAUGAGUUCGACACGGUCAAGGAGGAGACGCAGCGGACAAAGGAGACGAACGAACUCAUCAGGACGCUGCCCGUGGAUGAAUUGUUGGAGGACCCGCGCCAUGCUCACCUCUUCGAGGCGUCGACGCUGGUCCGCUCAACGACGUACGGGUUCAUGGCGGGCGAGAUGACGAGGCUGAGCUUCGUGCAUCGUCACAUCAUGGCACGUCUGCCCGAAGAUGGGCUGGUCGACACCAAGGCGGUCGCUCGUGAUCUGCCCCUCGGCCUCGUCGUAUCUCUCAAGGAGGUAGAGAACGACAAUGAUGCAUUCAAGGCUGCUCUGCAGGACCCGGAGCGCAUGGCCAGACCGAUAUUGGACGAGGAGAUGGCCGUCAAGAGUGCGCUCGGCGCACUGAACGAGGCGCAAUUCAUUCGAUGGUUCGAGGACAAUUACGUGCAGGACCUGCAGCUGCUUCGUCUAGCCACGCCAGCGGGCGAUGGGCGACUACAGUUCAAGCACUCGGCCAUCGAAGACGGGCAGUGGAGCUGGGCAGCAGGUGGUAAGGGGUCAGGCUCCAUGCUCACCCUCGAGGACGCUGCGGCGUACUGGGAGAAGCUAUCCAAGAAUCGCAAGACCGUUUCCAAGAAUCUGCACAGCCUGUGCGAAGACUCCUCGCCCCUACGCUCAAUGGCCCGCCUCAUCGGCAACGACAAGCGCUGGCGCGCAGACAAGCUCUCGACGAGCAAGCAGCGCAUCUUCCUGCGACGUCUCGUUGAAUGGCCCGACCCAGACGACUGGGGCAGCAUCCUUCGCGACGAGAACAUGCUGCGUCGAGUCUCUGAGCUCAUCUUUGCGCCCCUCGACGUGGUCAAGGAGGGCAUCGCCGCAUGUAAGAGGCGCAUGAUCGCCCAGGAAGUGGAGCAGGAGAACAAGCGCCGCACGAGCGACGAGAAGAGGGCCGAGAGGGAAGCGCUUAACUUCGAGAGGCUGGAGAAGGAGCUGCAGGAGAGUGGGCCAGACGAUCCCAGGCACGAUUUGAAGAUGAUGGAGAUGGAGAUUGCCAAGCUGCAGCGGGAGCUCAAGACUCGACGCGAUCGUCUGACCGAGUGGACUCGCGUCUUCGAACAGGCUUGCAGAGAUAAUCAGCUCGAGGGAGUGCAUAGGGCUGCUCUACUCGAGAAUCUGCUCGAGUUCCGUGACGCCUACGCGACGGACAAGGGAGGCAUAGCAUUGGAUGUGCUCAGCGACAUGAUUCGCCUGACGGUCGAGCAGCAGGGCCGACCCGACAACACAGCAGCAAAGGGCAAGACCAAGGGCAAAGGCAAAGGCCGCAAAGGGAAAGGUGCAGGCAAGGACGCUACACCUCAGGAGGGCGACGAAGAUGGAGGGGCUGCUCCCGUCAAACGCCGACGUCGUCGCCCGCGCGUCGACUUUCGCUGGACGCGCGAGAGGGACGAGCUCCUCCGCGACGCCUGCGUCAUCAUCCGCGCCCGCGACAAGCUGCGUGGCAGUGGGCGUAGCAACUGGACGGCUCUCAACCAGGUCUUUGAAGAGGAAAAGGUUCCCAAGCUCCGCGCCCGCUUCACUCACCUCUCUGCCGCCAUCGGCGAAGAAGACUAUCUCAACGAGCUCGAGGCAUACUGGACGCGCUUCUGGGAGGAGUACAGGGGCACGGUUUUGCUGCGCGACCCUAAUCCGGGCAAGCCAGAUGGGUUCGACCUCAAGGAACACAUUGCCUUCCUGCGCAGCCGUGUAGACAAGGACGACGUGCUCGAGGCCGUCGAGAGGGCCGCGGCGGGGGAUGGGCUUGCAGAGGACGACGAUGGUGGCGGCGAAGAGUGGCAGUUGCGCGAGCAGCCCAAGCCCCGCGAGGACGCAUUGGCCAUCGUGCACGACCCGCACGAGAAUGCCUACACUACGACGGAGAAGCUCAACGGGCUGCUAGGCUGCGCAUUUACGCUCAGCGCGAGCGGCGAGGCUGGCGUCGUCGUCGACGCUGCUCCUCAACGUCACCGCCGCGAACACAUGGCCGAGUGCGUGGUGCGCAUGCUCAUCGAGUCGCCCGACGUAAGCCCAGAGGCGGGCGUGGCGCUUUGUCGCUCCGUAGGGGAGGAUCAAGUCGAGAAGGCUCUCGAGCGCAUGAAGUUGGGCAAGAUCGUUCGCAAAACUAACAGUGAGGCUGCACGUCGUCACCCGGGCAACAAUUUCGCCUACACGCACGAGCACAGCAAUCUCGACUUUGGCCCGCACCUCGAGCUUGCGCGCCAAGCCCUCGAGGCUGAGAGCGCGUUGCGUGCGGGAGAAUGGACGCAGAUUGGUAUGGAUGACGACGUGGGGAUGACCAUUGCCGCUGUGCAGAUGCUGGCUGAUGGCGAGGCAGAGGCGCAGAUCGAAGUCGAGCAGCUGGCGCCGCUGAGGGACGAAAUCUACUUCAAUGGGAAAGCCGUCGUGGAUGCGGACAACGAGGUCGAUGUGGGGGUGCGCGGUCUGCGAAAGGAGGGGAGCACCGUAGCGAUGUCCGCGCCCAUGGCAGAGGAUGCUGUGCAGGCUGCCGUGGGCGGUCCGCUCGUGGCGGCUGGGUACGACGGUGUGCUGGCGAGCAGCGUCGACGCGGCGGGCAAUCUGCAUCGCCACGCCCUCAAGACUGGAUACGACGACUUGCGUUUGGUUUCCCCUCACUAUCGCUCUGCAUGGCAGGUCGGGACGGUAGAUGCCGCUCCCCCUACGACUGAAUGGUCCGCCAAACCUCGCUCCUGGCUCAACGCUUCGACGGGUGUCGCCGACCCGCAGCGUUGGCAUCGCGCCCUUCUCGCCGUUCACUCCCAGCUACUGCUACGUCCAGGUCUCUCCCUGUCCCAGCUUUCCAUCUGGCUCGGUUCGCACUACGAUCGCGUCGAGCUGCGCGAGAUCGUUGCUGGGCUAGAAAAGAUGGGCUUGGUCGAGCAGCGUGGCGUGGGAGUCAGGCCGGACGCCGAGACGGUCAUUACCCCGAGGCUGGGCGGCCCAGCUUGGUAUCGAUUCCAGAGCAGCGAGAACGGAGAAGAGGCUCUUUGACGGCCCAGUUGUAUUCUCCCUUCCCUAGGCCGCUCACCCACUCUUGGCGCGUCGCGCAGUCGCCCAAUCUCAUCUCAUCUCAUUCAUGCAUCGUACAAUUCCAGUGGCGCAUACUCCC